GGUAGUAUAAAUUACGUUUUGAUGCAAGAGAUAUGAAAGUGGAAAAUAUGUUGUUGAGGUCCGUGUUGACGUGUUCAAAGUCCACCCAUAAUGGCAUUUCUUUGUUGAUCAGCCACAAGUUCGUGUCAGGUGUUCUGAUUAAUCAUGAAAGCAUACAGAUCCGCAACAAGUCGUUUAAGCAUUAUCUGGAUUACUCGAACGUCCCCAAGCUAGAUGAGGCCGAUCUUGAGGAACAGUUUGUCCGCGGUAGCGGACCGGGUGGUCAAGCAACGAAUAAGACAAACAACGCGGUUGUAUUGAAGCACAAGCCCACAGGGCUCGUCGUAAAGUGUCACGACACGAGAAGCCAGUGGGACAACAGGAAACUCGCGCGCGAACUUCUGAUGACGAAGCUCGACAAUUUGUUGAACAAGGAGCGCUCCAUUGAAGCCCAGAUACAUGCCCUCGAGAAAAAACAGCAGUUGCAAAAAGAUUACAAGAGAAAGAAGCGAGACGAAAUGAAGAAAGCAUUUCGCGAACGCGAAGGCUUGACGUAACACAGGUUAUGUAAUAAAUUUCUUCUAGAAUACAAAUUAAAAUGUAAUUUUUAGCUUUAAGGAAUAAAUAAAACUUAUAUACAAAG